AUGGACCCACUAUGGCGUGCAAAGGUCGGGCCCAAGCCGGUGAUCCCGAAAAAGGUCGAGCAGGACGACGACUGGGAAACAGAUCCUGAUUUCGUGAAUGACAUCACCGAGAAGGAUCAGCGCUGGGGCUCGAAGACAGUCGCGGGCAGUGGCCAUCAGGACACCGUCGACAUGUCUCAAUUCCGCAACGAGGCCAUCAAGUCGGACGAACUGCACCGCGAGCAAAAGCUGGCCACUAUGCCCAAGCCGAGCGAAGGUUAUGGCGGCAAAUUCGGAGUGCAGACGGACCGAAUGGAUAAGGCUGCUGAGAACUUCGAAUACAAGGGCAAAGUUGAAGCGCACGCCUCGCAGAAAGACUACGCGUCUGGUUUCGGCGGGAAAUACGGUGUCCAAACUGAUCGGCAAGAUAAGUCAGCCGUCGGCUGGGACGAUAAGUCUGUGCUCAGCAAGCACGACAGUCAGAAAGAUUACAAACACGGAUUUGGUGGUAAAUUUGGGGUUGAGACGGACCGGCGGGACGCGAGUGCCGUCGACUGGUCCUACCAGCAUAAGCUAGAAUCCCAUCCCUCGCAGCGAGACGCGGCCUCCGGCUAUGGCGGAAAGUUCGGUGUGCAGAAGGAUCGUCAGGACAAGUCGGCCACCGGUUGGGGCGACAAAACGGCGGCCGCUCAGCACGAAUCGCAGUCGGAUUACAAAAAGGGCUUCGGCGGGCAGUUUGGCGUGCAGACGGAUCGGGUCGACAAAUCGGCCGUCGGCUAUGAAGACCGGAGCUCCCUGGCCGCCCAUGAAAGCCAAACUGAUUACAAGAAGGGCUUUGGCGGGAAAUUCGGCGUGCAAGAAGAUCGUCAGGACAAGUCGGCGGUCGGCUGGGGUGACAAAUCCUCCCUGUCGGCACAUGAGAGUCAGACCGAUUACAAGAGGGGCUUUGGCGGGAAGUUUGGCGUGCAGUCGGACCGUCAGGACAAGUCGGCGGCCAGCUGGGAGGACCGUGAGAAUGUGACGAAGCACGAAUCCCAGACUGAUUACAAGAAGGGCUUCGGUGGCAACUUUGGCGUGCAAUCCGACCGCCAGGACAAGUCGGCCGUCGGGUUUGAGCACCACGAGUCGCUGAGCAAGCACGAGAGCCAGCUGCACAACAAGGCCUUCAACCCGAAGGACGAGCAGUCUCGUGGGGGCGAUGCUGGACCCGAGAAGCCCAAAUUCACACGUGAGAAGCCGGAGGCUCCACAGAAAGGCAACGCGUCCAGCUUGCGGGCCCGCUUCGAACAAUUGGCCACGCAAGAUGGCACCGAUCGUGUUGCGGCCGAACGGGAGAAGCGCAAGAAGGAAGACGAGGAGCUUCGCGCUCAGCAGCUUCGAUCGGAAGAAGAGCGGCAGCGCAGGGUCGACGAGGACUGGGAUCGGCGCGAGAAGGCCGGCCUCACCCAAGACACUGGCCCCGACGACGAGGAGGAGCGACAACGCCAGCUGCGCGAGCGUAACCAAGCCGCCAAGAAGUCGGGCCCGGUAGCCGGUGCCGUUUCGGUGAUGCCGAUCGCGAAGGCCCCGGUCGCUUCUGCCCCAGAGCCGGCCCCUGUCGCCCCUGCCGCCGUCAGCCAAUAUUACGAGGAGCCACCCGUUGACGCUCCACCGCCAACUGCCCCAGUUGCCGUCCUUCCAAUGUCGCCACCUCCGACGCUGACCCCGGCUAAUGCUGCAGUUGCGGCCGGAGUUCGACGGGCCCCGUCGAGCGACGAUGAACAAGACGAUAACGACGAUGACUGGAACGACGACCCGCCGAAUCUCACGAACCAGGGAGCUGCUCCAAUUCAGAAGAUUACUGCUGAGCCGGUCGCUCUGCCGAGUUACGACUUCGUUCCUGGCGAUGAGCCGUCCGCCCCGCCACCUCCGGCUCCCACUGCUGCCCCUGCUCAACAGCCCGGAACCUACUACGACACCGUGCCCGGCGAGGACAAGGGGCUUUGCGCCAUCGCCCUGUUCGACUACGAGAAGCAGGACGAAGACGAGAUCAGCUUCAACCCCGACGACGUCAUCACCCACAUCGAGCAGGUCGACGCCGGCUGGUGGCGCGGACGAUGCAACGGGCACACCGGCCUGUUCCCCGCAAACUACGUCGAGCUGCAGAAG